AUGGCGGUCAACGCGCAGACGCUCGCCCCCGCGACCGUGAUCGUCUUGCUGACGCACGUGCCCUUCGCCAACAAUAUCGAGGUGCACGUUCCGACCUGGGCCACACUUGACUACAUCAAGGAGAUUGUCACCGAAUACAUCACGACACGUGCGUUGGAGCUGGCAGUUGGCGGCGGGCACUUCCGAGGACACUUCAUUCCAAAAAGAGACUGGGGGUUCUGGAGCAGGACGCGGUCUGCGCCAUAUAACAUGCCAGUGCUGAGCCUGAAGGCCGAGGAUCAGCCGCUCCGCUUUUGCUGGCAUGACUGGAGCCCGUCGUUCCAGAGACUGCGUGGCUGGGAGCUCAUCGCGCCCUUCAUGCCCAAGGAUGAGGAAGCCAGCGCGCCAACCGUCCUCGGGCUGGAGGACAGGCCUUGA